AUCUUUAAAGGGACCGUCGCCCCUAUAAAAUGUCUCAGUUCGCGGCAGCCAGCAGCAGCAAUAUGAACGCCGCGAAGACGCAGACGCAUAUCCCCGCCAUGGCGACUAACGACAGCGAGCCUCUGCCGCUGGGCUGGGAGGUGAAGAUCGACCCCCACACCGGCUGGCCCUUCUUCGUGGACCACAACAACCGAACCACCACCUGGAAUGACCCGAGACACGACACCAGAAAGGUUCGAGAAGUAUCAUCAAAUGGGCCGAGUGCACCAACAGAAUCAAGCCCCCUGGAGCCUCCAAAGACCUUUGUGAGAGAGAUGAAGCACCCCAUUCUACGACCCGGUUAUAUUCCCAUCCCAGUCUACCACGACGGAGCAGAUGUGAGACAGCAGCAGCAUCCCUGCUACUCCUACAUCCAGCCAGUCCCUGCACAGAACGUCAGGACGGAAGGUGUGACGCCUUCCCAGACAUCUGGGCUCCAUCACAGCAGACCUAAAUCACCUUUGCUUGGACCCUCUGACGCGGAGUCUGGGAAGGGCGGCGCAACAGUCUUACAAACAUCAGAGGUAAAUGCAGCCCCACACCACCAGCCUGCACGGCCCAGCAGCACCGGUCUGCAGCCCGGGUAUAUCCCCAUCCCGGUGAUCCACGAGGGAGGAGGCGGCCAAACCACGCCUCAUGUGAAUCCUUCAGUCUACAGUCAGCGUGUUCCAUACUCUGAACAUCAGCAGCCCUUUCAUCGCCUUCAGACAGACGACUGGCCCGGCUACUCUGCCGCAGCACAGCCCUCCAGAGAAAGAGCUUCUCCCACUACUUUUCCCCAACUUCGUGACGGGGCGUCUGUUCACCUGCCACCUCAUGUGAGGAGCCAUUCACCUGUUAAAAUCCAGGUGAUGGGGGACAGGGCACAGGCUCCACAGCGUGUCCUUUCACGAGAACUGCCCCAAAAGAUGGAGCAAGAGCAUCAAAGCGUGCAGCAGAAGCCCAGUAACACACCGGGAGCUCAAACUCCAAACACAGAAGCAGACGUCCCAAAGUCUCAGCAACCAGAGCCGCCUCAGCAGCUCCAACAACCUCAGCACUUCCAAGAGCCUCAGCAGUUUCAACAAGCACCACCUCAAACGCAGCACGAACUGUCCCCGCAGGCUCAGAAGCAGGAGCCGCCGCAGCACCAUAUGGCUGACAUCACGGUGCAGAUCCCUCCAAAACCGGAAGCCAACGAGGGACCGACUACCCCCACAGAAGUCCCACAUGCACAGGCGGAGGUCGAGCCAGCAGUUCAGUGCCCAGUCCACCCGGGAUUGGCUAAAGUGCAGCAAAUCCUCGAAAGAGUGGCUAAAUUGGAGCAGGAGGUGAAAAGCUUCAGUGGAAAGAAGAAUGAUAAGAAGUACUUGCUCCUGGAGGAGCUCUUGACCAAAGAGCUGCUGGCAUUGGACUCUGUUGACCCAGAGGGCCGUGUAGAUGUACGGCAGGCGAGGCGGGACGGAGUCCGCCGCGUGCAGACCAUACUGGAGGAACUGGAGCAGCUGGAGGAGCAGCCUGCCGGUGUGACUGGAACGGAGGGAGGCAGUCUGACACAGAAAGGGGAGCCCAGCAUGAUCAGCGAGAACAUCGAGAUGGCGAAGGAGAUAUCGUAAAGACUGAACCUCAAAACAGGGAGAAAACGAGUCCACUCAGGCUAUUUCUCCUAUUCCUCAACAUACAGCAUUUGUGAAAGUUGCAUGCAUUGGUUCAAAGUGUUAAAAUGUCCAUAAAGCACAUAAUUGAUGGUAGCUCAGUGGAACCUUAUCGUCCCGGACUUUAUUGUUGCCUUUUCUGUUGUUCUAGUGUCUUUAAACGAAAACUGAACUCAUCAGUGAGAUUUUCACAACACUGUUAAAUGUAUUAUUGUCAAAGUAAGAGGCCUUCGUGUUAACGUGGGAGAGAAAGACGAGUAUUUUCCUAAGAAAUUUUAUUUGUAGUUGCCUUUUUGUCUGAUUACCCAAUGAGAUUUUUCCUAAUCUAGUCAGAACACAAGUUAGGCUUUGAAGCAGAAUGCCUGAGUCAACAGAAGCUAAUUCCUCCCAGUGACUGCCAUCUGGUGUUGUUGGAGCUGCUUUGUCACAAAAACACAGUGCAUUUGUUUACUACAUGCUGCUUUAAGGCAUAUUGCUGAUUUUUGCCGUCUUUGCACUUUGCUGUUUCUAAGAAAAAAUCAGGGUUCCUGCAUGUUUUUCUGUUGAAAUCCAAUUUUAUUUUCCAGAUGAAGAAAAAAUAUGAGAUUCCCCAAAGUUCUCUGUUUAUUUUAAUGAAAUUCACAAAAUGUAAAACGAAAAAGUUCAGCAUAUACCACAGAUGUUUUAACACUAAGGCUUUAAAUAUGGAAACUGCUAUAACACUAAUGUGGAGUGUUGCAUACAUGAAGAUAGAAGAUCCAUUUGGACAAGGCAAUAACAUCUGGAAAUCUUUUUUUUUUUUUUUUUGGUCCAUAUUCUGUUUUAUUUUUCAUUCCUAUCCAGAUCUGGAACAUUAGAAUUAAUUUCCAAACAGUUCCAGCCUGUGAAGGAACCCUUAAAGAUGCAUCAUGCUGAAAUUCAGCAACACGUCGACUCACAGCGACUCAUCGCAGCAGGUUUUUUUCACUUUCUGUGUUAAAAGUGUAAAUGUACACUGGUUUUCUUGCUGCUGCAGACCAUGAUACCAGUAUUUCUAUGAGAUUUCUAUGAGUAUUUUUGGUACAUGAAUGUGUAAUGUCUACUGGGGGGGAUGGGGGGUGUACUUUACUUAAGAUGUGAGACAAUCAGUAAAUAUUAUCGACUGUCAGAAUGUCCUCAUACAUCAACCAAAGCCACAAUCUGUAAUAAUAACCCAUCAUGGGCCGUUGAAGCCUUAAUGUCACCUCUGUGGAAAAAAAGACCCAACUAAUUCAGUGUCCCACCUCCUGGAACUGUUUAGUUCUACCCCUGAGUUUAUCUGAAUUCAUUUGCCACUCUGAGAUUGUAAGCCAUCACAGCCUGACAUGCACUCACAAAUUAUGGAUCGUGGCUUAGUGCUCAUCAGCAGCUGGCAGAUUCAUAGACAAUAGAAAGUCACAUUUGUAUAAUUGAAAAUAAAAUGUUUUGACUGAU